CGAUUAUGGUCCGAUAGAGCACGAGCAGAAGAAGAGUGCGAAGAAAAUGGCGGACGAUGAUUUUGAAGACCAGAGGCCGAAGACAUUGACAGAAUCAAAGAAGAAAAAGGGUUCCAUUGGAGGGAGAAAGAGCCUCCAUAUAGAUGAAAAAGAAAAGUAUGCAGCCAUUGAGAAUGAAAUAAGGGAAGUUAAGAGGUUGCAAGUGGAACAUGGUCAGAUGCUUCAGAAGAUUCUUGAUAGGUUGGAUAGACAUGUGGAUGAUGGAACACGAGCUGGUUUUGAGAAGUGUGAUGGUAAUGUGGAGGGCACACAAAUUGGGUUAUCAGAAGGCAUGGAAGAAUCCGGAGAUAAGAGUGAAAAGGGAAAUGAAGCGAAGUUAGAAUCAAACAUGGAAAAAAGGAGAACAAAUGGAGAAGAGAAUGACAACAAUAUUGAACUUAAUAAGAGUGAAAAUGAAGUUGUUGAAAAAGAGAGCUUGUGUGUGGCUGGGUAUAAAUUUGAAUUGGCUGAGACACAGUAUGAUGAAGAUGUACUGGCUGAGUUGGAUGUUAUAGAGAGAAAUACUGUGGAAUCCAAACAGAAUGAGAAAGAGGGUGUUGGAAAAAAAGAAGAUGUUGUGAUGGCAGAUGAAGUUGGGGUCAGUCAUGUGGGUGGUGUGAUACCUGUUGAAAUGGCAGAUGCCACUGAACCCCAAAUGGUCAACGUCGACACUGAAAAUGCAUUAAAAAAAGGACUUAUGAUCUGUAGACCACGAAGAACAAAAAAGGGGCCCAAUAGGCUAACACUCUCUGGAGGAAAGCAUGAAAAAAAGAAACAGAAAAUGGAGGAACCUAUGUUGAGGUCAGAUGAAGCGACAUUGAGCCAGAUGGAGGUCAUUAUUGGACCGUUUGCACUGGAGCCAAAAGAAAUGCCUCAACCGGAUGACAUUUAUAGGUUGAAAACAUAUUUGGAGAAAGGAAUGUUGAAGCGGAUGUCAAAAUCAGGAGGGAGAAGAAUGUACACCAAGGAAGAGGACAACUUGGAGAAUAAUCCUCUCAUUCUGGACAUGCACACUGUGAAUAACAAGACAUGGCUGUAUGAUUUGUUUAUGGAUCAAGAGUGGUUGGGAACAUUGCACAUUGAGGUUGGAAUGUUCUAUUUGGAAGUGAAAAGGUUCCACUACAAGCUUAGCCAAAAGUAUGGAACAACAACACCGUUUUUCAUGGAUGCCCUAAAGAAACACCAGGACAAAGUUGGUGCAAAAGUGAAAACUGCAAGCGACGUUGGCAGCGUUAACAACCUAACAAGUGAGAUAUUGGGUAAAGUAAGAAGGUGUGCAAUUAAGUGGGCAGAUGCAGAUUUUGUGUACAUACCCUUGAAUACUGGCAAGCAUUGGAUUUUGCUAGUAUUAGAGAUUGAAGGGAAGACAAUAUGGGUGUAUAAUUCAAUGAGAGGGAAGUCAACAGGACUUAAAGACAUUGCAGCUUACAUCCCGUGCAUCAAACACCUACUUCCUAAGCUCCUGGAUGCAUGUGGUGUCUAUAAACAACACCCUAGUGGACCAAUGGGAAAUCAGGAAAUCCGCAUAAAUGCAGUUCUAAAUUGUCCACAACAAACAGAAACAGAUCAGGGAAACUGUGGCAUGUUUGUGUUGAAGAUUGCAGAAUAUCUAAUGAUGGACAGAAAAAUCAACCAGGUGUGCACGGAAGACAUGGCUGCUUAUAGAGUGAAGAUGGCCACAGAGUUGUACAAUGAUAUCAAAUAUUUUUUGGAUCUUCCACGGAUGGAAUAUGAUUUCUACAUGACUUCUUGUUAUGGCCGUAUAAUUUGCAGCGCGAACACUUCUGUUUUCCACGACGCUGUCCCUUAUAGCCCUCUCCAAUAGACAGGUAGCGCCUCUUCUUAGGCCUUCCUGGAGGACGUUUGUCACAAGGUGGAGGUUUGCAAAUUAUUGACAAAGUCUGUUGAGGAACAUCCCAUGAAGACACAUCACCAAUUGGGUGGAUUAUACCAGCAUAUGUACAUACUAACGCCUCAAUUUUGUAGAAAGGAGAGAUAAAAUCAUAACAAGAUAAGCCGGGACGUCUCCCAAUAGCAGCCACAGCAUGAAC